AUGGCGAACGACAACGCCCUUCUUUAUAAGCUCACCGCCACCUCCAAAGAGAAGUUAGCGCGUGAAGCCACUGCUCCUGACCCCGACCUCCGUCGCUGCGUGGCACACUUUCGACUACACUGUUUCUCUGUCCAGUCGACCGAGAAGCCCUGCACCAGCGGCUUUCAAGUUGGAGAGCCUAUUAAAGCACCUGUGUCUGUCGUUCUACCCAACGACACUACAGCGCUACGAUGA